CGUCACCACGCCCCUUUCUGGGAGAACUACAUUUCCCAGCGUGCCCUAGGGGUCCCCCGGGCAGGGAGGGCUGGACGAGGCGCUGACGGGCGGGGGUGCGGCGCAGAGUGCCCCGGCGUGUUCGCUUAGUUCAGUGAAUCAGAACAAUGACUGCGCCGCCGGGUCCCCGGGAGCGCGUUGGAGGACUGUGAGCAGCCGCUGCCAGGAGAGCGGAGAGCGGCGGGCGGCGCAGCCUGGGCGGCGCGGUGUCAACGCCGGCUUCGCGAGCCCCCGGCGCACAGCCGCGCUCCAGCGCCAGCAGCCCCGCGCGGAGCCCCCGGGCUCUGGAGCUGCAGUCUCUCCUCAGGAGCUGUGCAUUGUUGUGAGCGGGAGAAGGGGCGCGGGGAUUACGAAGCCCGAAGACCCCGGAGCCUCCGGUAGCCAUGUGGAUACCUACGGAGCACGAGAAAUACGGCGUGGUGAUUGCGAGUUUUCGAGGAACCAUACCAUAUGGCCUGUCGUUGGAAAUCGGAGACACAGUUCAGAUUCUGGAGAAGUGUGAUGGCUGGUACAGAGGAUUUGCCUUAAAAAACCCUAAUAUCAAGGGUAUAUUUCCUUCCAGCUAUGUUCAUUUGAAGAAUGCCUGCGUAAAGAACAAAGGACAAUUUGAAAUGGUUAUUCCCACUGAAGACUCGGUUAUCACGGAAAUGACAUCAACACUAAGGGACUGGGGAACCAUGUGGAAACAACUCUAUGUGAGAAAUGAAGGCGAUCUCUUCCACCGGCUCUGGCACAUCAUGAAUGAAAUCCUAGAUCUGCGGCGGCAGGUGCUGGUGGGCCAUCUCACUCAUGACCGGAUGAAGGAUGUGAAGCGCCACAUUACCGCCCGCCUGGACUGGGGCAAUGAACAACUGGGACUAGAUCUCGUGCCUAGGAAAGAGUAUGCCAUGGUGGAUCCUGAGGACAUCAGCAUUACUGAGCUGUACCGAUUGAUGGAACAUCGGCAUCGGAAGAAAGACACGCCUGUGCAGGCCAGCAGUCACCACCUCUUCGUGCAGAUGAAGAGCCUCAUGUGCUCCAACCUGGGGGAAGAGCUGGAGGUCAUCUUCUCUCUCUUUGACAGUAAAGAAAAUCGGCCCAUCAGUGAGAGAUUUUUCUUGAGGCUGAAUAGAAAUGGGCUUCCAAAAGCUCCAGAUAAACCAGAACGACACUGCUCUCUGUUUGUGGAUUUGGGUAGCAGCGAGCUAAGAAAGGACAUUUUUAUCACUGUGCACAUUAUCCGAAUUGGUCGAAUGGGAGCAGGGGAAAAAAAGAAUGCGUGCAGUGUUCAGUACCGGCGACCCUUUGGCUGUGCGGUUCUUAGCAUCGCUGACCUGCUGACAGGAGAAACAAAGGAUGACCUCAUCCUGAAAGUAUACAUGUGUAAUACAGAGAGCGAGUGGUACCAAAUCCAUGAGAACAUCAUCAAAAAGUUGAAUGCACGUUAUAAUUUGACUGGCUCCAAUGCAGGUCUAGCAGUUUCACUGCAGCUGUUGCAUGGAGACAUUGAACAAAUCAGAAGAGAAUAUUCAUCUGUGUUUUCUCAUGGAGUGUCCAUUACAAGGAAGUUGGGCUUUUCUAACAUUAUUAUGCCUGGUGAAAUGAGGAAUGACUUAUAUAUCACGAUCGAGAGGGGAGAAUUUGAGAAAGGAGGGAAGAGUGUGGCCAGAAAUGUGGAAGUUACCAUGUUCAUUAUAGAUAGUAAUGGACAGAAUUUGAAGGAUUUUAUCUCCUUUGGUUCUGGAGAGCCCCCAGCCAGCGAGUACCACUCCUUUGUGCUUUAUCAUAACAACAGCCCCAGGUGGGCUGAACUGCUGAAACUUCCCAUUCCUGUGGAUAAAUUCAGGGGCGCGCACAUCCGCUUUGAAUUCCGGCACUGCUCUACCAAGGAGAAAGGAGAAAAGAAGUUGUUUGGUUUCUCUUUUGUCCCCCUGAUGCAGGAAGAUGGCAGGACUCUUCCGGAUGGCACACACGAGCUCAUUGUGCACAAGUGUGAAGAAAAUACAAACCUUCAGGACACUACCCGCUACCUCAAACUUCCCUUUUCCAAGGGCAUUUUCCUUGGGAAUAAUAAUCAAGCCAUGAAGGCCACAAAGGAGUCCUUUUGGAUCACAUCUUUCCUCUGUUCAACAAAACUCACCCAGAAUGGUGACAUGCUUGAUCUUUUGAAAUGGAGAACCCACCCAGACAAGAUCACAGGCUGUCUGUCUAAGUUAAAAGAAAUCGAUGGCUCAGAGAUAGUCAAGUUCCUGCAAGACACACUGGAUACGUUAUUUGGAAUUUUAGAUGAAAACUCUCAAAAAUAUGGUUCUAAAGUAUUUGAUUCUUUGGUUCACAUAAUAAACUUGCUGCAAGAUAGCAAAUUUCAUCACUUUAAACCUGUAAUGGAUACUUACAUUGAGAGUCAUUUUGCUGGGGCCCUUGCAUACAGAGAUCUCAUCAAAGUGCUUAAGUGGUAUGUGGACAGGAUCACAGAAGCAGAGCGACAGGAGCACAUCCAGGAGGUGCUGAAGGCACAAGAGUACAUCUUUAAGUAUAUAGUACAAUCUCGAAGGCUCUUCUCCCUGGCCACUGGUGGGCAGAACGAAGAGGAAUUCCGCUGCUGCAUUCAGGAGCUGCUCAUGUCCGUCCGCUUCUUCCUUUCCCAGGAGAGCAAAGGGUCUGGAGCAUUGUCUCAGUCACAGGCUGUGUUUCUGAGCUCCUUCCCAGCUGUGUAUUCAGAACUGUUGAAGCUUUUUGAUGUCCGGGAAGUGGCCAACUUGGUUCAGGACACGCUGGGCAGUUUGCCAACCAUCAUGCAUGUAGACGAUUCGUUGCAGGCCAUUAAACUACAGUGCAUCGGGAAAACCGUGGAAAGCCAGCUUUACACCAACCCAGACUCCCGGUACAUCCUCCUGCCUGUCGUAUUGCAUCACCUCCACAUUCACUUGCAAGAACAGAAGGACUUGAUCAUGUGUGCACGUAUUCUUAGCAACGUAUUUUGUCUCAUCAAGAAAAAUAGCUCAGAAAAAUCCGUGUUGGAAGAGAUAGACGUGAUCGUGGCCAGCCUGCUGGACAUCCUGCUGAGAACCAUCCUGGAGAUCACCAGCCGGCCGCAGUCCUCGGGUUCCUCCAUGCGGUUCCAGUUCCAGGAUGUCACUGGGGAAUUUGUUGCUUGCCUCCUGUCCCUUUUACGACAAAUGACAGAUAGACAUUAUCAACAGCUCCUUGACAGUUUCAGUACAAAGGAAGAAUUAAGGGAUUUCCUGCUGCAGAUAUUUACCGUGUUCCGAAUAUUGAUACGCCCAGAGAUGUUUCCAAAGGACUGGACUGUCAUGCGCUUGGUUGCUAACAAUGUUAUUAUUACAACAGUUCUAUACCUCUCUGAUGCACUUCGAAAGAAUUUCCUAAACGAAAAUUUUGAUUAUAAGAUUUGGGAUUCCUACUUUUAUCUCGCAGUCAUUUUUAUAAACCAGCUAUGUCUACAGUUGGAGAUGUUCACACCUUCCAAAAAGAAAAAGGUGUUAGAAAAGUAUGGAGAUAUGCGUGUCACGAUGGGCUGUGAAAUUUUCAGCAUGUGGCAAAAUCUGGGAGAACACAAGCUUCAUUUUAUACCUGCCCUGAUUGGCCCCUUCCUUGAAGUGACCCUGAUCCCCCAACCGGACCUCCGCAAUGUCAUGAUCCCUAUUUUUCAUGACAUGAUGGACUGGGAACAGAGGCGGAGUGGCAACUUUAAACAGGUGGAAGCCAAGCUGAUCGACAAGCUGGAUAGCCUGAUGUCAGAAGGCAAAGGUGAUGAAACUUACCGCGAGCUCUUCAACAGUAUUUUACUAAAGAAAAUUGAGCGGGAAACAUGGAGGGAAAGUGGCGUCUCAUUAAUUGCCACUGUUACUCGCCUAAUGGAGAGGUUGCUGGAUUACAGGGACUGCAUGAAAAUGGGAGAGGUGGAUGGCAAAAAGAUUGGCUGCACAGUUAGCCUUCUGAACUUCUAUAAGACUGAGCUAAACAAGGAAGAGAUGUAUAUACGCUACAUCCACAAACUCUAUGACCUCCAUCUCAAAGCUCAAAACUUUACAGAGGCGGCAUAUACUCUCCUGUUGUAUGAUGAGCUGCUGGAAUGGUCCGACCGGCCCCUCAGGGAGUUCCUGACCUACCCCAUGCAAACAGAGUGGCAGCGCAAAGAGCACUUGCACCUCACCAUCAUCCAGAACUUUGACAGAGGCAAAUGCUGGGAGAAUGGCAUUAUCCUGUGCCGGAAGAUCGCAGAGCAGUAUGAGAAUUAUUAUGACUACAGGAACCUGAGCAAGAUGAGGAUGAUGGAGGCCUCUCUGUAUGACAAAAUUAUGGAUCAGCAGCGUCUGGAGCCAGAGUUCUUUAGAGUCGGGUUCUAUGGGAAAAAGUUUCCUUUUUUCUUGAGAAAUAAGGAGUUUGUGUGUCGAGGGCAUGACUACGAGAGGCUGGAAGCCUUCCAACAGAGGAUGCUGAACGAGUUCCCCCACGCCAUCGCCAUGCAACACGCCAACCAGCCCGACGAGACCAUCUUCCAAGCAGAAGCACAGUAUCUUCAGAUCUACGCUGUCACUCCCAUUCCAGAGAGCCAGGAGGUGCUGCAGAGGGAGGGUGUGCCAGACAACAUCAAAAGUUUCUACAAAGUGAAUCACAUCUGGAAAUUCCGCUAUGACCGCCCAUUUCACAAAGGCACAAAGGAUAAAGAGAAUGAAUUCAAGAGUCUCUGGGUGGAGAGAACCUCGUUAUACCUGGUGCAGAGUUUGCCUGGCAUUUCCCGCUGGUUUGAAGUGGAGAAGCGUGAAGUGGUAGAAAUGAGUCCCCUGGAAAAUGCAACUGAAGUGCUGGAAAAUAAGAAUCAGCAGCUGAAGACGCUGAUCAGCCAAUGUCAGACACGUCAGAUGCAGAAUAUCAAUCCUCUGACCAUGUGCCUGAAUGGGGUGAUUGACGCUGCAGUGAACGGAGGGGUAUCGAGGUACCAAGAGGCAUUUUUUGUCAAAGAAUAUAUCUUAAGUCACCCUGAAGAUGGAGAGAAAAUUGCACGAUUAAGAGAGCUCAUGCUGGAGCAGGCCCAGAUUCUGGAAUUUGGCCUGGCUGUGCAUGAGAAGUUUGUGCCUCAAGACAUGAGACCCCUUCACAAAAAGCUGGUGGAUCAGUUCUUUGUGAUGAAGUCGAGCCUAGGAAUCCAGGAGUUUGCCGCUUGUACCCAAGCCAGCCCCGUGCAUUUCCCAAAUGGCAGCCCUCGCGUGUGCAGAAACUCCGCACCUGCCUCUAUGAGCCCGGAUGGUACCAGGGUAAUUCCAAGACGCAGCCCAUUAAGUUACCCAGCUGUCAACCGGUACUCUUCCUCCUCACUGUCCUCACAGGCUUCCGCUGAAGUAAGCAAUAUUACAGGGCAAUCAGAAAGCUCUGAUGAAGUCUUUAACAUGCAGCCAAGUCCGUCUACCUCAAGCUUGAGCUCUACUCACUCGGCUUCGCCUAAUGUGACAAGUUCGGCUCCAUCGAGUGCCAGAGCUUCCCCGUUGUUGUCCGACAAACACAAGCAUUCCAGAGAAAACUCUUGCCUCUCCCCUAGAGAGAGACCAUGCAGUGCCAUUUAUCCAACACCCGUGGAGCCUUCUCAGAGGAUGCUGUUCAAUCACAUCGGAGAUGGGGCCUUGCCGCGCAGUGAUGCCAGUCUCUCUGCCCCUGAGAAAGCUGUGAACCCCACCCCUAGCAGCUGGAGCCUGGACAGUGGGAAGGAAGCCAAGAACGUGUCGGAUAGUGGGAAACUUAUUUCCCCCCCUGUCCCUCCGAGACCCACUCAAACUGCGUCACCAGCAAGACACACAACGACAUCAGUAUCUCCCUCGCCUGCUGGCCGAUCUCCAUUAAAGCAGGGCUCCAUGCAGUCAUUCACCCCCUCGCCAGUGGAGUACCACUCUCCAGGAUUGAGCUCCAACUCCCCAGUCCUGUCGGGCAGCUACAGCAGCGGCAUUUCUUCGCUCAGCCGGUGCAGCACAUCGGAAACCUCAGGCUUUGAAAAUCAGGUGAAUGAACAGUCGGUACCUGUGCCUGUGCCCGCACCUGUACCCGCGCCCGUGCCAGGGCCUGUGCCUAGCUACAGCGGUGGGCCUGAGGAGCUGGCGCGCAAGGAGAGCAAGACGCCGCCCCCGUACAGCGUGUACGAGCGGACUCUGCGGCGCCCUGUGCCACUGCCACACAGCCUCUCCAUCCCUGCCACCGCCGAGCCGCCAGCCUUGCCCCCCAAGCCGCUGGCAGCACGGCCCAGCCACCUGGAGAACGGGACCCGGAGGACCGAGGCCGGCCCGAGGCCCAGGCCCCUGCCCCGGAAGGUCUCACAGUUAUAAAGUCCCCUUUGUAUGUCCCUGUGGUGAAUUCUCUGUGGUUUACAAAGUAAGAGGUAUGGGGCUCAGAAGACAUUUAGUGUAGGCACUUUAACCCCUUACACAGCUCUUUCCUUAAACAAAUAGCAUUUUUGGAGGGGGGGGAACCCUUCUUAUUAAAUAAUGUUGCACAAUAUGAAAAGUCACUGGUCUGAAACACCAGGCGUUACAUGAAGUAUGGCUAAGUUGCAUUAAAACGUUCUCAUUUGACAGUGACAAAUAGUGAAAAGGACUCCUCUUGUACCUGUUUAUGUUCACUUUCUUUUCUUGCUAGUUCGAUCUUCAAUCCGAUACAACCUUGUCAACCUGUGCACUGCGUGAUCAUGUGGUAUACUUUUACUGAAUAGUUGAUAUCAGGAAAAGCUUAGUAACGCAAUGCAAGUGCUAAAGGGGUUGCCAGGGUUGGGACUGGAAGUUGUCUUGUUCUGCAAACAAAAUAGAUCUUUAAGGAUGCCGUUCAUGUGUGACAGCUGUCCACCUUCUUGCAAUUCUACUUUGUGAGGCGUUGAGACCUGUGGUACCCAACCAGCAUAGUAUGUACUGUAUUUCUUUGCAAGGUGCAGUUUGCUUUCUGAGUUCCCAUCAGCUAAAUUAAGCAGAAAACCUUAGGAGAAAUGUUUACUUGAAUUUUGUGCUCCCUCACUUGAUGGUGUCCCAUAGCAAAUGUGUCACUGAUGAACAAAUGUUCGAGUAUUAACUAGGCACAAAUGACUGUGUCCCAUUAACUAGAAUUCAGGAGUCAAUACAGGACAGUAUUAAUUCAGUAGCGUAAAUGAAGAAAAAAAAACUUAGCGAAAAUGUAUUCACUUGAUUAAAUGGCAAAAGGGCUUUGGGAAGGCAAGGGCAUUAACCUGCGGUCCUGCACAGAAUUAGAGAUUGCGUGCAGCUCCCCAUCCUUCCCAGGGGACUUGGCUUCCGCACCAGUGCUGUAUCCCUCUGUGGAAGGCGGGUAAGUGUAGGCCCUGUAGCCGGGCUGUUGCAGCGUAUUGUCUUAGCUCUAGGUAGGGACAUCGGUGGUGCCACCGUUGUAGAAGUGUGGAAAAAACACCUUGUAUGUAGUAAUGUAUUUUGUAUCUUUAUUUUUUUCUUUGACUGUUUAUAAUAUAACACUCGAUUGACAAUAGAUAUGAACUGUAUUUUAAAUCAUAUUGUUAAAUAUUUUCCCUCUUUUGUUGGGAAGCUUAUUUCAGUUUAACUGUCUGUUUUGUUGAUAGCUUACCUGGAAGGCAGUGAACACUUUUUUAUAUUCUCUUAAUGAAACCAUUCAGCAGGUAUAUGCUGUUGAGGCUGGUUAUACAGGUUUUCUAUAAUAAAUGUUCAAGUAUUUUUGUACAUAACUCGUUAAUUUUAAUAAGAGAUACCAUUAUGUGUAAAAAAAAGUAAAAAUAAAAGCAAACAGUUGUUGAAGCAGUAUGAUUGUUAUAAUUAUGCCAAAUACUUUAUGUAUGGGAAAAAGAAUAUUUGUACAUAUGUGCUUUUAACAAUAAUUCUGCCAUAUUGACUUUACAAUUUUGAAUGUCAGAAAAAUUAAUAUAUGUUUAAAAUAUUUAUGUUUAGUGGAGGUAUUCAUAAUGGAGAAAAGGAACAUAUGAAUUUUAGCUUUGUAUCUUGCAAGUUUUGCAAUUGGAAAAUCCCUUGAAAUAGGUUUUGCUUUUGAUGAUAACACUUUGUGUUUGUAAUUACAUUCUUCAAAUAUAUCUAUAUAUAUGUAUGUAUAGCAAACUCAAUAUUUCUGCUUUAAAGUAAAACCUUCCAUUUAAGUAAGAUGAUAUGCGUAAGAUAACAAAGCUUCUUUGAUUUCCUUUUCUGUGUAAUUUAAUAGAUUUCUUGACUACUGCUUGGGCACAGUAUAAAUCAGUGUUAUUUGCUCUUGGAGCCACUUUUUGAAGUUUCUGGCAGUGAACAGUAGACUCUAUCAUGUGCGUGCGAUUCUGAAGCAGCUAUAGAGCAGGUUUCGAGAGAUUGUGUUAGCACAGAUGUUCAUGUCAGUUGCUGCUGAAUGGUAAAUAUUAAAUAAAAUGACCAGAUUAAUCUCAA